AUGAGGGAGGCGGCGAUGCCGCUGGACGACAAGGUCCGCAAGGCGCUCGACACCAUAUUCUCCGGCGAUGCCGGGCUCUAUCAGACGCGCGGCUGGAACCAGCGCUCGGGCUUCGGCACGAGGCCGGCGCUCCUCAACAUCGACCUCGCCAACGCCUGGACCCGACCGGGCUACCGCUUCUCCUGCGAUGACAUGGACGAGCGGAUCAUCCCCGGCGUGCAGCGCCUUCUGGCCGCCGCCCGUGCCAAGAAGGUGCCGAUCAUCUACACCACCACCGCCUUCUGCAGCCGCUUCGACAUGGGGGCCUUCCCGCUUAAGAAGCCCUUCGAGGACCUCAUGCUGGGCACGGACGCGACCGAGAUCGACGACCGCGUGCCGCUCGAGGAAGGCGUCGACACGCUGAUCGUCAAGAAGCGGCCGAGCGCCUUCGCCGGCACUCAUCUCGGCGGCAUCCUGCGCGCCGGUGGCAUCGACACGCUGAUCUGCACCGGCGUCACCAUGGCGAGCUGCGUCAGGCACACGGUGGAGGAUGCGCUCGGCGAGGGCUUCCGCACCGUCAUCGUUCGCGAAUGCGUGGGCGACCGCGUGCCUGCCGCGAUCGAGUGGAACCUGUUCGACCUCGACAUGAAGUAUUGCGACGUCGAGCCGCUCGAUCGCGUGCUGGCCUAUCUGGCCGAGCUGGAGCCCUUCGAAGAGCGCUAA